GUUUAGUCUCGCUUUUUCCUGCUUUUCACUUCUCAGGAGCCUUCUCUUUUCUACUUGUGAUCCCGGAGCUGAAGCAGAAGGACGGGAGUGUGAGUUUUCUCCUUUCUCUGGGUCUUGGACAGAAGGAUCUUCCCCCUGCUGGCCCCUCCAAAAGAGAGCAAUCUGGUUUUCUGGGCUGGGUGCAUGAGACAGGAAGUGAGCAGCAAGCAAAAAAAGCCAUGAUGAUGUCUCCAUCAGAUGAUUUUGAAGUCCUAAUGAAAGGGCUGAACCGUUGGAAUCUCCCCAGUGGCCCUAUUCCUUGUGAACUGCUGCUGGUGGGUGAAGCUGCCUUCCCAGUACUGGUGAAUAAGAAUGGCCAGGUCCUUAUUGCUGCCUCGCGUUAUGGCCAGGGCCGAAUGGUAGUCAUGUCCCAUGAAGGCUACCUGCAAGAUAGCAUGUUGGCUCAGUUUCUUUGCAAUGCUGUGGGCUGGCUCAACCUCAGCCCAGGUACUGCUGUUGGAGUGCACACAUCUGUGGAACCUCUCACUGGCAUUCUCCAUGACUCUGGGAUAGAGGUGCAGACCAUGGAUGGCCUUCAGAACUCCCUAGGAGUUUACUGCAGCAAUGCCUAUAACAGUUCCUUGGCCAAAGAGUUGAUUCAAUUUGUGAAAAAUGGUGGGGGCUUACUCAUUGGGGGCCAAGCUUGGUAUUGGGCCAGUCAACACGGACGUGACAAGGUUUUGUCCAGCUUCCCUGGAAAUCAGGUGACCAGUGUAGCUGGGGUGUACUUCACAGAUACCUGUGGAGGUACAGAUUUCCUCAAGGUCUCUAAAAAAGUACCUAAGAUUCCACUUACAGUCAGGUGAGUAUCAGGGGUAUAGUAAGGAUUAUAUUAAGAAGCAGACAUAGUCCCCUUAAUGAAACAGAACUAGAACUAGACAUUUUGAGUAUAAUAAGUCUCAUUUGUACUGUCAGGUCACAGGGAUGCUGUGGACAGAAACAACUAUUGGAAGUCCAUCAUCAGUAUUUGUUUAGAGGGGGAGCCAUGGGAUCAUUGCCAUAUGAAUAUCAGUGUCCAUUUUGGAACAAGAACAGA